GAAUCGCACUUGGUUCCUCCGUCACGUGCCACUUCCCCUGAGAUCUGUCAAGACGCCUAAUCAGCGCUUAUGUUUCAUCAUGGUGCUGACAGCCCUUUUCGCGUGUUACUUCAUGGCACCGCCGCCCAGAUAUAUAACAAUACCAGAGGUAAAGGUUCAGCCUCGCCCUUUGUUCGGCGCGCCAAACAAUGACAAUGUGGCAAUGGAUUUGCCGCGGAUCAUGAUGUGGACCAGCUACUAUGGCGAUUGGUACGGCAAGCUCGACGACGCGAGAAACAGCGAAACAUUGCUGGAAGAAUGCGCACCUACGUGCCGCAUCACGAAUGACCGACGCCUGAUAGAACAUAGUGACGCUGUCAUUUUCCAUGUGCGCGACCUCGAUAUGACGGAUCUCCCGCCGAAGCGCUUCAGCUGGCAGAGAUGGGUCUUCUUUUCGAUGGAACCGCCACCACAUGCCGGGUUCACAGAAUUCCACUUCACGCACGGCAUGUUUAACUGGACCAUGACGUACAGAAGAGACUCGGACGCUUACACGCCCUACGGUAGGUUUGUACCUCGCGAUGCCUUCACUACGACUGCGAAGAGAGACUUGAGGGCCCUCUGGAAGUCAAAGAACAAAACCGCCGUAUGGAUGGUCAGCAGAUGCAAUUCCACCAGUGGAAGAGAACAUUUCGUAGCUGAACUGAGGAAAUACAUGGAUGUUGAUGUGUACGGUGCCUGUGGCGACCACGAGUGCAAUAAGACCCGAGGUCUUUCCUGUUACGUGGACUUCGAGCGCACCUAUUUCUACGCACUCGCCUUUGAAAACUCGAUAUGCGUGGAUUACGUCACCGAGAAGUUCUACAACGCACUCAGGUACGACAUCAUACCAGUCGUGUUCGGAGGCGCAAAUUACAGCCAAAUCGCGCCCCAUAAUUCUUAUAUUGACGCCCUCUCGUUCGAAUCUCCCGAGCAUCUCGCCAAGUACCUGAUAAAGCUAUCGAAGAACUACACAGAGUACGCCGCUUACCACACCUGGAAAGACCGUUACUACGUUCCUCCGUUUAUGGAACCAUACUGUGAGCUUUGUGAAAAGUUGCAAAGACAUGCGAAACUUCAGCGGACUUCGUUCUACGGCGACAUCAAAGCCUGGUGGUUUGGCAAGAGCAAUUGCCGGAGUUGGGUCUGGGGAGACGCUUAAGGACCGAACUGAGCAGUAGUACAAAAAAGAAAAUUCCAUAAGUAGGCGAAAGUUAACCAUGAGACGGCGGAAGCCAACGAAUAAAAUCUGACUCCACGCCUACCGACUUCCUGAAGGGCUUUUUGACAGCAUGCUUGGGAAUGAUGGGAUGCGGAAAGUUCGGACUCGCCUUCAACUUGGCUUGGCCUAAAACACCAUCAUGACUGCGCAAGUUAACCUCGUAAUUAAGUCUUCGUGACAAGUCUUGGUUCUCCAGCUAGUAACACAUCAUUCAAUUAUAUUAACUAACCAAAAGUAAAUUGAGAUAACUAAUCGCAUGAAUGAAACGCGCGCUCAAUAAUGGCAAACAUUCCACUCUUUUAUUCAAAUCUAUAGCGAUCCGAUGGCUGCACUGUUGACGUUCUAUAAUGCUGGAAAACCCUUGGGCGAGCGCUCAUACUUAAGUAGCAAAUUCCUGCAACAUUGGCCGUUUCGCCCCAAAGCGCUGACAGCAAUAGCAAGGUGUAGCGGCGUUACGCGUGAGCGCCUCGGACGCGUGAACUAUAUGUGGGUUCGACUAUAUAUACGAAGCUGCAACCGUAAUGUA